AUAAAGUAUAGUUGUAAUAUCGUUGUGUUAUUGAUUUCUUGCUUACUGAAUUGAAAUGGGAAGAAGUAAGAAAUAUGAUAUGGUGACUUUUUAUCUCCGCUCUAGCGGCAAAAAUUAAUCGUUCUUUUGAAAGACGCAAUUUCAAAGAUACGGGAGGGUGACUGCGUGCUUUCUGGGACAAGAAGAUCGAUAGAAUACAUGCGCGCUUGGCCACGCUGCGACGCGCACGAGUGGUCUUCCGAAACGCAACGCGAGUUGUUGCAUACGUAUGUACAUGCGAAAAUUCAUUCGCGGAUUUGUGCGUUUCUUGGUGUGAAAGUAAUUAUUGACGAGCAUUAUUGACGAACGCUUUCGCGACACGAGUCAUCGGAUCGUAUCUGGCGUAUGUGCGACACACAUCAAUUUCCUCCAUGAGCUCGGUACUGACAGAACGUCGCCCGUUGUGCCUGAAUUAAUUCUUACUCUCUCGCCUAUCUCACACAGUGACCUAGAAACGUUAAAUUUCACGGUUCGUCAUUGCUUCCCCGCUAGCUGGCAGUUUUGCAAUAACGAUGCAAGCGGAAAAGAGUGACACUGAAAAAAAUGAAACUGUUAGCAAUGUUACGACGGCGUCAAUCGUGAAUGAAGUGACAAAUUUGAAGAUAGAAGACGAUUCAGCAAGUUCAACGCCGAGUAGUCCUGGCAGUUCUCAGCCAGGUAGCUUUUUAACGAGUUUCAAAGCUUUCUCAAAAUUUGGCGAUCCAAAAAGCGAUGGCAAACUGAUUACAUUGAGUCAAAGCGACAAAUGGAUGAAGCAGGCAAAGGUGAUCGACGGAAAGAAGAUUACUACUACGGACACAGGAAUUUACUUCAAGAAGCACAAAACCAUGAAACUCAAUAUUGAGCAGUACAAAGCGUUUCUCGAAGAAUUGGCUAAAAGUAAAAAAGUAGAAUUAGAGGAAAUGAAAAAGAAAAUGGCCAACUCUGGACCACCUGGAGUAACCGGCAUGAGCGGAGCUGGAAAAGCAGCGUCAGCAGUCGAUAGAUUGACCGAUGUCAGCAAAUAUACAGGCUCUCACAAACAACGUUUCGACGAAACUGGAAAAGGCAAGGGUAUAUCAGGUCGCAAAGAUGUAUCGGAUCAGUCUGGAUACGUCCAAGGCUACCAAAAUAAAGAUACGUACAGUAAGGCUCAUUAA